AUGGCCCUCGCCGUCUCGGCUCAGCCAGCGCUCUGCCUAGCGCUCUAUAAGAUUUUCCUGUCCGAAAUUCCGAGAGGGUUAGAAAAAGAGAGAGAGAGAGAGAGAGAGAGAGAGAGAGAGAGAAGGACAGAGAGAGUGAGAGAAGGGCACCGAGAGACACACAGAGAGAGAGCGAGCGGUGUAGUUUAAGGAACCGAAAUCUCAUCUUCCUUUUUGCUCUUUGCAAAGUUUCCCCUCUACCCUGUCAUCUGCUGGCACCCUGACAGGCGUCCCUCACUGACUUUGGCUUGGCUUUAAGUCAGCGAGCACAGCAGGAGGGAGCAAAGCCCAGGAGCAGGAGAGGAGCACGGCGUGGCUAGAGCGCUGACCCCCGCUGUGUGUGCCUACCCCGGGCAGGCUGCUCCGAGGGGCUCCGGCAAACCACCCCACCUGCUCACCCUCUAGCAGAUCCCCCCGUGACCACGGGACUUGCAGUCUGCGUCGUGCGAGCCCGCAGACCAGCGGUGAUGUGUGGGGCGCCCCGGUGCCGUCAGCUCAUCUUACCAGGCUCCAAAAGCAGCUGAAUUAUUCAUCUGAGACGCAGGGCGCUCGGACAGUCCGCAGACAGAAACAUCUCCCAGGCCCGGGGGGGCCAGAUUGCCUCCCAAACUCCAGACAACCCCAGGUUGAAUCUGCAUGAGGAGCUGAGAAGCUGCACACAGGACACAGAGAAAGAACUUCCCUAUCCUAUCAGGUGCUGUGAGGCGACGCCGCAGGUAGAGUGAGCGGGAGCCCAGACGUGGGACCAGACACCGGAGGCGGGAGGCCGUCGGCAUGGCGACGGGCGGGCGGGUAUGCCGGUGGGUGGCGUUGCUGGCGGCGGCGGUAGCGGUUGCGCACGCCUCCGUCUUCCUGUCCGGCCAGAGGCUGAAGCCUCGUUUCCAUCGCGACCGCCGCAACAUCCGCCCCAACAUCAUCCUCAUUCUCACGGACGACCAGGACAUCGAGCUGGGUUCCAUGCAGGUGAUGAACAAGACACGCCGCAUCAUGGAGCAGGGCGGGGCCCACUUCUCCAACGCCUUCGUGACCACGCCCAUGUGCUGCCCAUCGCGCUCGUCCAUGCUGACGGGCAAAUAUGCGCACAACCACAACACGUACACCAACAACGAGAACUGCUCCUCGCCCAGCUGGCAGGCCCAGCACGAGCCGCGCACCUUCGGGGUCUAUCUCAACAACACGGGCUACAGGACGGCGUUCUUCGGGAAGUAUUUGAAUGAGUAUAAUGGCAGCUAUGUCCCUCCCGGCUGGAGAGAGUGGGUGAGCAUGGUGAAGAACUCCCGCUUCUACAACUACACCAUCUGCAGGAACGGCGCCCGUGAGAAACAUGGCUUUGACUACUCACAGGACUACCUGACAGACCUCAUAACCAACGACAGCAUCAGUUACUUCCGUAUGUCCAAGAAGAUGUACCCUCAUAGGCCGGUGCUGAUGGUGAUCAGUCACGCUGCACCCCACGGGCCAGAGGACGCGGCACCCCAGUACACUACUGCCUUCCCCAACGCGUCCCAGCACAUCACCCCCAGCUACAACUAUGCGCCCAACCUGGACAAGCACUGGAUCAUGCGUUACACGGGCCCAAUGAAGCCCAUCCACAUGGAGUUCACCAACAUGCUGCAGAGGAAGAGGCUGCAGACGCUGCUGUCUGUGGACGACAGCGUGGAGAAGAUUUAUAACAUGCUGGUGGACACUGGAGAGCUGGACAAUACGUACGUGAUCUACACGUCGGACCAUGGUUACCACAUCGGCCAGUUUGGGCUGGUGAAGGGCAAGUCCAUGCCUUACGAGUUUGACAUACGAGUUCCCUUCUACAUAAGAGGCCCCAGCGUGGAAGGAGGAACCAUCAACCCGCACAUCGUGCUAAACAUCGACCUGGCCCCCACCAUUCUGGACAUCGCCGGGAUGGACGUGCCGCCGGACAUGGACGGCAAGUCCAUCCUGAAAGUGCUCGACACGGACAGGCUCAUGAACAGGUUCCAGUCCAACAAGAAGGGGAAAGUGUGGAGGGACUCCUUCCUGGUGGAGAGAGGGAAACUGCUCCACAAAGUGGUGCAUGAUGGAAAGGAGGUGGCUCAGGAGGAAAACCAUCUUCCCAAGUACCAGCGUGUCAAGGACCUGUGUCAGCGCGCAGAGUACCAGACGCCCUGUGAGCAGACGGGGCAGAAGUGGCAGUGUGUGGAGGACUCCGCAGGGAAGCUGAGGCUGUAUAAGUGCAAAGGCAUGGCCAGCAUCUCUUCAGCGACGGGGGAGCGCGUGCCCAGCGUGAAGUCCCGGCUCUUCCAGCGGAGCGCUAGCGCGCGAGCCAGUGCCAACACGGAGCCUGACGGUUGCGACUGCGACUUCAGUAACUACAGGCUUAGCGCCCUGAAGAAGAAGAAGAAACUGAUGUCCAAGAAAAAACUGAAGGCGCUGAAGAGUUACUCGAGGAACCGGUACGCGCGCGCUGUAACUUGGAAGGUGGGCGGAAGUUUGUACGCAGUGGAUCUGGAGAACGGCUAUCGGCCAGUCAACAGCAGGAACCUGAGCCACGCCCAGCAGGAAGAGGAGGGGUUCAGUGGGUUGGGACCAAUGACUGAGCCCCAAGCCAGCAACAGCCUGACAGUGCCCUCAUCUAUUAAAGUCACCCACAGGUGUUCCAUCUUAGCCAAUGACACAGUUAAAUGUGAUGUGGGACUCUACAAGUCACUGCAGGCAUGGAAAGACCAUAAACUUCACAUAGACCACGAGAUUGAAACACUACAGACGAAGAUUAAGAACCUGAGAGAAGUCCGAGGUCACCUGAAGAAAGUGCGGCCAGAGGAGUGCGACUGCAGCGGAUACGUCUACAAGUCCAAGUUCAAGAGUAAACUGAAGAAAUAUAAAUCAGGCACCAUUCACCCAUUCAGGAAAGGGCAGGAGAAGGAUAAGAAGGCGUGGCUGAUGAUGGAGCAAAAGCGAAGGAAGAAACUGCGGAAACUGCUGAAGCGUCUCCGUAACAACGACACAUGCAGCAUGCCUGGCCUCACCUGCUUCACCCAUGACAACCAGCACUGGCAGACCGCCCCCUUCUGGACCUUGGGACCCUUUUGUGCAUGCACUAGCGCCAAUAACAACACCUACUGGUGCAUGAGGACCAUCAAUGAGACACACAACUUCCUGUUCUGCGAGUUUGCUACAGGCUUCCUGGAGUACUUUGACCUUAAUACAGAUCCGUACCAGCUCGUGAAUGCAGUGAACACGUUGGACCGCCACAUUCUGAACCAGCUUCACGUUCAGCUCAUGGAGCUGCGAGGCUGCAAAGGUCAUAAACAGUGUAACCCACGCACACGCAACAUGGACCUGGAGGGCAGAUAUGGGAAGGAUGGGAGGGAUAAAAGCCAGGAGGAUGUAGACCCGGAAAGCACCUACCCGUUUCCAUGGGCGACGAACUGGUCCGAACUUGAACCCUUGUACAAACUUGACGAGCACGCCUACGAUCUCGACCUAAACUUCACCCUAAGCCUGGAGGACUGGGCCCACUUCCGACGCUCUGUCGACCGCAUGUUCACACACCUCAGCAGCGGCAACCGGCCUGGCCGGCCGCCUCACCUGCGCAGUUGGGACGAAGGGCACAGAGGGGAAGGCCACGCCCUCGUGUCCUCCACCAGCCAAUCAGCUUCGGUCGUCUACCUGACCACCCUGGCCACGCCCGCUUUGCUGCUUAGGGAGGCUGGAGCCGAGGUUCUGAGAGACGCUUUGGGGCUCAACCACGAGACGCGCCCCUCGUCCUCAGAGGAGGAAGAGGAGGAAGAGGAGGAGGAGGAGUUUACGAAAAGACGGACAUGCCGGAGGAGGCCAAGCUCCACCCACUGUGACUGCAGCGACUUUUGCUGGGACUCCGCCUGAGUCUCCUUCCAGCGCUUCAGGCGAGAGAGAGAGUGAGAGCGAGAGAGAGAGAGAGAGCUCAGAAAAGACUCGCAACUUUCCCGCGAACGGGAAAGCAACUCUCUCCUACCUCUCGUUCUGUCGCUCCACCUUUCGCGCCGGCACCUGUCCUCAGAGCCGCAGCAUCCAGACUCUCUUUUUCAGUCCGUUCUCAGCUCCUCCUUUGGAAUCCCUCCGUCCGGAGCACACCCUGCUGUUGCUGUGUAACCCUCCCCCCCCCCCCCGAGAUCUAGGCUUCGAACAGAGCACAUUUCUUCAUUUCACUUUAUUUGAAGGGUUUCCUUUUUCUAAUUACAACAGUAAAUCAGCUGUGAGAAAAUGAAACUGCGUCCAGCAGUUUCGUAUCACGUCCGUGUGUAUUGUUUUUUUUGCUUUUCGGUUUGUUUGUUUGUUUGAACGUCAGUGGCUGUGUGUGUGUGUGUGUGUGUGUGUGUGUGUGUCGCACAGCGUCAUAUUUGGCUCAUGCGCGCUCUGCCUUACUGAAGCACAACACUUCCAACAAUGGCCUGUAGGCUGAGCGGACUGCAGCUCCCAUAGCACUUGCGACAUUUGCAGAACGGCAUCUUCAGCUGGCUUUUAAAGGCCCAGGUAGCUCACACGGCAGCCACUUUUUCUGCUUCUGGCAAGGCAAGGAAGACUGCCUCCACACUGAAGUGAGGCACUGAGUCGGUUUGAUAAGAAAGGAUUUCUUAAACAAGUGUGUGAAAUUCAGUAGUGUACGAGCGUAGGUGUGUAUUAAAGCGUGCCAUAUAUUUUAAUUACCAACCAAAAUCAAGGAUACUGGGUUUUGAUUUUCUUGAAAUACUUUAAAUAAUUUCUUUAAAUACUUUACCCUAUUUUGACCCUUUCUAUGAAAGAAGGCGUGCAGGUUUGAUGUAACCUUGGUGUAGCCGUGCAUUUUCCCAAAAGUUCCACUCCAUCCAAAAAUUCUCAUUACAGAAGUUAGAGUUAAAUUAAUAGCACUGCUAAACAUUUCCAUUAACAAACCACUCGAAUGUAAACCUGCCACUCCAUAAACUGGUCACAGCAAGAUGCCCGUGUAAUGUCAAAGGAAUUGCUAUCUAAUGACGAAAUGUGUUUUCUUUUUAUGACAUAAUGAAAAAAGAAAUGUUGAUGUGAUUAUUGUGUGUCACAUUGUUUUUAACUUUCAUCUUAGAUAUUGUGCUAUACAUGGUGCUACUAAAGUCUGAGCAAAUAUAUAAAAUGGCAGUAUGUAUUUGAAUGUAUGUUUGCAGUUAAUAUACUGUAAAUGGUAAAAAGUAUAUUUUAUAUGACACAAUAGUGGAGGCUAAAUCAACCAUCAGACAAACUACGAGUCCACCAGUCAGUAUUUCAGUAUAACUUCAAAGUGUUAGUUAUAUCUUGCUUUGCCAUCCUGUUCACCCCCAACUGUGGAGUAUAUUAGAACAGUGCUGUCUCAGAUGGACCUGGAGGUAUAUUCCAGAUUAGAUUGGUCAUUUUGGAUGCAAAUAAUAUCACAUGGAUUAGCCUGAAGGGCACAGAGCACAUUUGCCCAUGGACAGCUACAUGUUCGAUGGAAGUGUCCUGUCAUUUCUACAAAUCAUGUCCCCUGAAAUUCAUAAAAUUCACAUCAUCUUUUUUCUUUAGUUUCCCCAGCUCCUUUGACUGGACAUAUAAAGUUUUGCAGGAUUGUGAUUGUGUCUGGUGAAACCAAGUGCCAGUGGAUUAGCAGUGUUCCAUACAAAAGAUAUGAUUUUUGGGGGGGUUGUUUUUUUUUUGAAAGAGGCUACUGUAGUUGAAAGAUGAAUUUAAACGAUAACAGAUGGUUUUAACAAAAUACCCUGUACAGUUCUAUAGAUUUAUCAUACAUAUAUUUUUGUUUUGGUUAACCAGUGGACAUUUGAUAGCCUCAUUAGUUUGUGAAUAAAGUGUUGAAUGCCCAAA